AUGUCUGCUUUUCCUCGCGACAUGCCACCGCCGCCAGAGCAUAGCUUCACCACGGCUCAAAGCCAUCAAUAUCCAGAUCCAGAUGCGAGCCAGAGUCAAAAUCUGAUAUGGCCUUCCCAUGCUCCAUCGCCAGCGCAAGGCACUGGUGAUGUCAGCCUGGCCAGUGCAAGAGCCGAAUUUGCUGCAGUAAGUACAGAGCAGAGAAAACAAAGACGGGAACAGUUGGAGGGCGCCGCGGACGAUAUUUUAGAGAUGGAUCUUGGUGGUGAGUCGGACGACUCUGACCCCGAUUAUCGUGAAUUCGGUAGAGGUAUUCGCAAAAUGCAGAAUGAUGUUCGCCAGGCCAGACAUCUAGACAGUGAUGAUUCCGAUGAUUCCGAUGAGACUCCGAUGAGUCGUAGGUCUUCUAAAAAAGGACGACGCUCACGUGGUUCUCGACGCGGUAAAGGGCGUAGACCCGGUAUCAGAGGUCCUCGCAAAGCAGCGGAGCCAACCGGUGAUAUCAAGCUACGUUUAAGUCAAGCCAAUCAGGCAUUCUUGCAAGGGCGAUGUGAAGAUGCCAGAGAUAUAGCUUCGGAAAUCAUUCGGAUCAAUGCAGAGACUUACGAGGCAUGGACUCUGAUGGCUUCCUGCUUCAAGGAAUUGGGCGAAUAUAACUCGGCGGUUAAGGCUUUGAUGAUUGCUGCUACUUGGAGACCGAAGCAUCCUGGGCCUUGGUAUAGCGCCUUGUACUUUGCCUUAAAUGAGACUGGCGAUCUGAGAUCGGAGUUUCUUAUUUCUGCACAAUAUGCUUCCCAGCAGAUACUCAGAGCAAACUCACAGGAUUUGGAGGCUCGAAGAAUCAAAGCUUCUAUUAUGCUUGAGCGAAGAAAUCUCCAUCAUGCGGCCAAGGAGUAUGAGAUCAUUCACAAGCGUGUCCCAUUUGACGCAGAAAUUGUUCAGACAUUAGCAUCAAUUUACGUUGAUCUAGGGCAGAUAGAAGUCGCCAAGGACCUUUAUGUCAAAACCCUCAAAGACUUCAAAAAUGCUGAUGCGGACACCGACGCUGUCUUUGGUUGGACAGACGCUUAUGCUUAUAUCCAACUGUUUGGGCUCAUGGAAAAAUAUGAAGAUGGUAUCAAGGAGCUUAGAUCAGUGGCCCGUUGGUUAGUUGGAAGGAGUGGAGAAGACUUUUGGGAUAAUUUCAUCGAUGACGAUCGAGAGUGGGAUGAUGACGAUCUCAGAAGAGCUGAAUGCUCCCAAUUUGAUCCCAAGACAUAUUCAUCAGACACAUAUGGUCCAAGUCUCCCUGUCGAAUUACGGAUCAAACUUGGGCUAUACCGCUUAUCUCUCGGUCAUCAUAUGGAAGCUUUGCGUCAUUUCGAGUAUCUUAAAACCUCGGAUUAUAAUGGUCAAGGUCUUACUGAGGAUUUUCCUCAUCUUUUUGAGGAGGUUGCUGAUAACUUGUCUCAAAAGGGUUAUCAUAGGGAUGCCUUGGAUUUCUAUCUACCAUUGGCCCCAGGUACUGGUACCGAAGGUGCCUCGCUGCAAUUCAAGAUGGGUAAGUGCUGGCUUGGUGAGGAGACUGACAAAGAGGCCGAGCUCUGUUUUCAAAAUGCAGUACAAAUGGAAGAGGACAAUAUCCCAGCAAGGAUGGAACUCGCUAGAUUGUACGAGAGGUUGAACGAAAGAGAACAGUCGUUCAUGUAUGUGAAUGAGAUUAUUGCAAUUCGGCGAGCACAACGGCAACUUGAGGAUGCUGAAGGUGAAACAAAAUCCUUUGAUGCUGAAUCUUCCAAGAAGCCGCGUAAGAAGCAUGUUUCUUUUGCAUCAAUACGAAGACCGCAAUCCCGUUAUGUGCCCCGCAGGCUCCUUGAUCCAGCAGAAAGGCUCAAGGAAGAGGCGGCGAGAGCAGAACAUCUACAGAGCCAGUACUCUACCAUGAAAGCAGAGCUUGAGCGGAUGAGAGCUGGAGAGUCAACAGCCACACACAUGUGGAUGGAAGCUGCUGAAGAUCUGAUCGAUGAUUUUAGAGGGUUCAAAACCUUCUAUCCUUGGGAUAAAUAUGUCAAAUUUUUAGGUUACUCCCACGAUGAUAAGUUCCAGGCGGAGACAAAGCUAGAGACUGAUCUAACGGAGAUGGCCGAUCGACUGUCUAAAAAACUCGGAGCGGAUGCUGAGGACCGGACGAAUGUUACAUCUGCUAGUAUUCCAGCUGAUUAUCGGGGCAUCUCGUUUAGUUCCUGGUUAGAUAUCUUUCUCGAGUACGCGAUUUGUCUCGCUAAGGACGGAAAUGAUCGAGGGUCAUAUGAGAUUUGCGAAUCUGCCAGGGAUGCAAUUGUCUUUUAUCAUAGGCGCGAGGAUAUGUUCCUGAUCCACGUGUGUUGGGGUACUUGUGCUUUACUCUGCAACGACGAGGAGAUGUGUAUCAGGGUGGCAAGAUAUUUCAUGAGAGAAUAUCAAUUCACAACCGACUCUUACAGAAUGUACGCAGCCAUAGCGAGGUUGUGCCAGUCUCCAGUCUCGUGGUAUUGUUCAGGUCCUGAACAAAAGUACAUGCUUCGUCAAGUCAAGGCCAUGGAUUUCAACCUAGUCGACAAAAGUCGUCGUCAAAGAGGCUUUGCAGAGAAAGCUGGCUACACGUCCCAGGACAAGAAUGGAAAACCAAUACUUAAUGAUGAUAUGGACAUCGCUCUCCUCAUGUUGUACGGCCAUAUUCUCUACUCGGGAACAAGUUAUGCCUACUCUCUAAACUAUUUCCUAAGAGCUUACGCACUCGAUCCGAAUAACGCUGUAAUCAAUUUGAACAUAGGACUUGCCUACGUCCAUCACUCCCUCAAGAGACAAGCGGAUAAUAGGCAAUUCAUGAUCCUUCAAGGUCUGACAUUUCUUUUCGAUUACUACAACUCACGUCAACAGUCAUCCAUUGUCGAGGAGCGCCAGGAGGCACAUUACAAUCUGGCCAGAGUUUAUCAUAUGCUUGGUGUCUCGCACCUUGCGAUAAAAUACUAUCUUCGGGUACUCAACGAGACCAAAGACCAUAAGAGCUCACGAGAAGAUAUCACGAUUGAUACUGCACACAAUAUCAAGGUUCUUUGUAUGAUCACAGGUAACAGGAAAUUGGCAAAUGUCAUAGCUAGGAAAUGGCUCGUGAUCUAA